AUGAAAUAUCGGAGUUUUAAACUUGAGAAGAGCUGCGUUUGUCACUAUGUUAUAACAAUUAAUUUCAAAAGAAGCGAUAACGUUAGCUCUGUUAACAGAGAUCAAUACGAAUCGUGGCUAAAGCUCAAGCAAAUAAAGGAUGACCUACGUAUUCAACAUGCGAAGAUUCAAGGACAGUCGAAUAUGGGGAGUACUCCGAAUAUAAAUAGCCAUAAUAUAAACAGCUGA